AUGGAUACGCCAGCCGAUAUACGAGCUCGCACCGCCAAGCCGAGGGACCAAUAUGUGCCUCGUCUGUGCCAGCCGCCAGAAGCGAUGAGAUACUUUCUAGCCAAGAUCAAUGCCGCGACGUCAAUUGAUCUCGUAUGGGCGGCUCGACACCCAGGAUCCCGGUCGCAGGCGCCACAUUGUGAGUUGCACCAGCCAUUGGACAGCGAUGCGAAUAGGAUCAAGUCUUGA